ACAUACACUCGGCAUAAAUCAUUUAAAGACACACACUAAAGUGUUUACUCAAAAUAAAUAAAUAAAAUGGCAGAUGCUGUUGUAGUGAUCUCUGAGACCAUUGUCCAACCAGAGAGCUACGAGGAUGGAUCUGAUCGGGUUAAGAUCCAUCUCACUCCAUUUGAUCUCUUCUUCCUUCGAACCGAAUACGCACAAAGAGCUCUCAUCUUCCCGCAACCAGACCCGGAAACCAACAUAAUCUCUCAACUGAAGUCCUCUCUGUCCAUCGCUUUGAAGAUAUUCUACCCCUUAGCUGGACGUCUAGUCAAGACCCACAACGAAGACGACGAAACGGUGUCGUUUUUCAUAGACUGCAAUGGUUCAGGCGUCAGAUUCGUACAUGCUUCGGCUGUAACCGUGUCGGUGAAUGAUGUUUUGGAUCCGGCUAACGCUGCCGUCCCUGGUUUCUGGAACGCGUUUUUCCCGCUCAACGGAGUUGAAAGCUGGGAAGGGGUCUCGGAGUCGUUGGUUGCGUUCCAAGUAACGGAGUUGAAAGACGGAGUUUUCAUCGGAUAUGGUAAUAACCAUAUGGUUGCAGACGGAAUAUCAAUGUGGAGUUUCUUCAGAACAUUGACGGAGAUUUGUUGCUCUGCCGGCGGCCAGAAAAUGUUUCCUCCUUUGCCUCUACGUGAGUGGUUUCUCGACGGGAUUGACUACCCUAUUCGAGUUCCCAUCUCGGAGACGAUAUUUGCAAAAGUUGUUUCUCCCUCGUCGUCACCCCCUGAUUUGCGAAAGAAGAUCUUUCGGUUCACGAGUAGAAGCAUCUCUGAGCUCAAAGAGAAAGCCAACGAUGAGGUUGUUGGUUUUGAUGAUGAUGAGGAUACACAAAUCUCUUCGUUUCAAGCCGUUAUGGCGCAUAUGUGGCGAUCAAUAACCAAAAACAGUGAUCUCAAUCCUCAAGAAGUGGUCCAUUGCAAGUUAGCAAUGGAUAUCAGACAGAGGCUAAACCCUCCGCCCGAGAAAGAGUGUUUUGGAAGCAUGGUUGGACUGGCGACUGCCACCACAACCGCCGGAGAAAUGCUUAACAACGGUCUGGGUUGGGUGGCUUUGCAGCUGAACAAAACCGUGAGGUCACAGACGAAUGAGGUAUACAAUCGGUUUGCUGAGAAUUGGGUUAAAACCCCCAAAAUACCGAAUGGUUUGGUGGUAAAUAACUCUCUCGUUAUUGCUAGCUCUCCACGGUUCAAUGUGUUUGGAAACGAUUUUGGUUGGGGUAAACCGAUUGCGGUUCGACCUGGACCGGGAAUUGCUGGUCAUGGUAAAAUCCUUGUUUACCCGGGAACUGAACAAGGAAGUAUGGAGGUUCAUACGUCUUUAUGGUCUCACGUUUUGGAGAAAUUAUUGGCUGAUGGAGAGUUUUUACAACAUGUCGUUCGUCUGUAUUAAUCCAAAUCAAGUGUAAUUUGUUUUUAUGCAACCAAACCAUCGAAAUCAACUCUAAAUGUUCACUUCUGCAGUCUGUGUGUUAGUUAGUACACUAACCCCUCCGUGGGCUUUUGUUCUAACUUUUAUCUCAAGUUUCAAAAAGUAAAAAAAAAUUGAUGAUAU